GGAGUACACACCCUGAUCCUUGACUGGUAAAAGACACAAAAGAAGGCUGCUUCAAAGGAAGCCAUCUACCAGCAGAAAUCAUUGGGAGGAUUCAGCAGGACCUGGAGCAUAGGAGGAGAGAACUUUGCUUUCCUUGAGCAAAAGGUGCACUAAAAAUCGUUCCUCUGUGGUUGUAGCCCUCGACUAUACAGAUAAAUGGAUUCCAUUAUUUAUGGCUGCCAUGAAAAUACCCAAUUUUGGUGAACAUUUUGGGCCAGAACAAUUAAAAAAGUGGCCAGAGCCGGAGUCAGUUGACUUGAUGGAGGCACUGGCUAGAGAAGACAUAGAUGAAGCUGUACAUGCAGUAUUAUUUAGAGAAAAUUAUGUUGCAAAGAGAUUGGAUACGUAUUUUCAGCAUCUGGAUGUUUUUAAGGAAAGAAGAAAAGAGAUGAUACAUAGAAAAUGGACUGAAAAUGUUGCAGAACCUCUUCAGCAGAGAAUAGUGGCAAAAGUAAUUUCACAUAAAGGGUUGGAAAAAACAAAACGAGAGAAUUUUGAAGAUUUUUUAAAGCACACAAAUAAAACGGAAAUUAUAUUUGGAGGCUGUUAUGAUUCUGAAGGAUACAAUCCUUUUUAUAUGACAAGAAAGGACCCAAAUUAUGGAAAGGUUAUGGUCCCACCGUUCUGUGAUCCACUGUUUAGAAGACAACAAGAGGUGGAUGAAGAGCAGAGAGCUAUUUUUCAGUACAGGACAGGAAAACAGUGUACCUUUGAAGAAUUUAAAGAAUUAGAGAAGGCCAGGCGGUAUGCCAGAUUGCCCCAGAUCACUUUUACUCUCUGCAGCAUGGUUCCAAAGGCAAGGCCCAAAGCCUCUGCAAGACCUGUGGGAAGCAAAACUCGUGGUAAAUGCAGUUCUGAAAAGCUUAUCUGUGCAGAAGAGAAAUAUCUGCCUGAUAAAGAGAAAAAGACCAUCAGCCUAAGUCAGACCAUUUUUGAAAGGCAGUUUUGUUCCUCGAAGCUGAGCCAGGAGAGUAAAAGGCGUGAGAAGAAGGGUCUGGCUUUAGGAACCAGGCAGCCCAGACCCCGAUCCGGGGUGGCUGGGGAAAGCCAGCAGAGGCAGGGGUCACAGCCUGCGAAAAGAAGAGUGAUGACAGCAGAGGUCCUGGCGCAGCACCUGGCUGCCCUGCAGCUGGGAGACAGAGUUCAGACUGGCACAGUGAAAAUCACUACCUACGAACCCACAGAAUACCCAGCCUACCUGCCGAAUUCAAAGAACUCAAAACACAGCUCUCUCUUUAUGAGAAAGGAAGGUGACAACCCAAAAGGGGCAGGAUGGUGAGUCCACAUGGGCUGAGCUGAGGCACAGACUGUCUACACCAGGGGAAGGCAUGAACCUGGUUCCCCACCCAGAGCCUGCCCGGCAGCAUGCAGCUCAG